CGCAUGGAGAGAGCGGGCACGGCGGCGGGCUGCGUUCUUUUCCUCCACCUUCCUGUCAUCUCUGGAAGCUCCACUGGUAUUGGAAUAGGCAGUAAUUAUUCCAGUCUCCCGCUUCCCUCCAACAGGAGCGGCCCGAGCAGCGACUUCCCCGGCUAUGGAGAGAACGGGAGCGACUCCAGCCUGCUGGUGUCCCCGCUGCUGGUGGCGGGGGUGGUGAUCGGGCUGGUGCUGUCCCUGUCCUGUGCCACCAUCGUGGUGGGCAGCCUGCGCAGGGACGGGCGGCUGCGGCACCCCCGGCCCGGGACAGGGGCUGGGGACGCUCCAGAUGGCUUCUCCCAUGGUGGCUCUUCUGGAGAGCUGAGAUCCUCCUGCACCGAGGAGUUCCCCCAAGCUUGUGACUUUGGUUCCUACCUGGACAUCCUUUCUCAGGUCAACAUCAUGUAUCCUGACCCACCUCCACGCUAUGAUGAAUGUGUGGGGCCAGGAGCAACACAAAUAUAUAUUCCCACAGAUGAUCCUCCCCCGUAUUCUCUCAUGGACCCUUGUCAAAGAAAUGAAAUAUCUAUAAAUAUCUAUAUUAGCCAGGAAGAGGAGGCAGCAUCUGGGACUACAGGACAGGCUGCAAAUUCUGCAGUCAGGCUGCAGGACUUACAGCAGCCCAUUCCAUCAUCUCUGUCAUCUCUCACCCUGGAGGCUGCGCCCCUGUUCAAGACAGUGGGGUGUGAACAGAAUAUCCCCAUCCCACAUGUUCCAACUGACUAUCAGGCCCCAAAUCAUGUGAACAGAAGUGGCUCUUUCCUUCAAUUCUUCUGAAGAUCUCAGACCGACAAAACACUUAAAUGGAAGAAUAAAACCUCUGGAAGUUUUACCUAUUUUAUAUCUUUAAACAGGGAUGCAAUGGGAUUCUGGUUUUUACAGUGACUUUUUAAAGUUUACCUAAACUUUCCUCUUUGUGCUUCAAAGUGUUCCGUGACCUCACACAGCAUAAAAGAGCAGCAGUGACAAGCAGUACACCUGACCUCCCUGAAGCAUUUCAAAACACUGAAAUCAGACACCCCUAAUGCAGACACUUUACCCAGUCAAGCCUACUUGUUGAUUUUAGGAUACUUUGCAUGUUUUAGAGCAGAAGGAAAAAGAAGAGCAUUUUAUUGUCAUUAAAGGUAUCAUGAGUACAUUUCAUUCCAUUUCUUGGCAACAAAGCAUUUUUAAAUAAUUCUGUUGUCUAAGUGUGUAUUUCAGUGUACAGAGACAAGGCACUGCCUAAAACAGACGAUGAACGGUACCAUAUAGAAGCAAAAGAAAAAGGGAGAGUAAUGUUUGGAUAGCCACAUUUUUCCUUUGGUGCCAGUCUCCUUUCAGACCAUUGCAAAGCCUGCUGUAAGUCUUCCUCAAAGAAACCAUCAGCAAGUGAUGGAGAAGUGGCAGUGGAUGCUCAAACACCAGUUGGCUUUACCUACAGAAGUGCAGGCCUGGGAGCUUUGUGUCCUUCAUGGGGACUUGCCGUAGCCAAGGGAAGGGCACAGGAAUCCCAGAGGAUGCUUUAUUCCAGUUCCCACCCAGGAUGCAUUUUCAGGCAUGACCUGGGCUCUUCUUUCACUAAGGAGUUGCAGUUUUGCUACAGUGACCUCUAGGAAGUGGUGAGUGUGAUGUAAAUAGUGGAUGCUGGGCUGGGCACAGGAACAGAGAACUCACUGUGAGCACAAACCUCGGAGCCGUUCCCAGCCCUGAGAAAAGAAACCAGGAAGGACAAACCCAGUGAGCAGCAGCAGGACAUUUCCAUGCUGCUACCAGGGUUCCCAACCAGCUGCCAGGGCAGUGGGUGCAGGGAGCUGGAGCUGCAGGGCACAGGGACAGUGACCAGGAAUGGCCAGGGCACUCCAGCACCCUUGUCCCCAUGGAUGCCAUG